CUCCGCCGCGUGGCGUGCAUAACUUCGCACUGGUCUUUGCUCUCGCAAUCGCUUGGUUGCCUCAUGCCGACCAUGCAGCGGGAGCGGGUGGAGGAGGGAUGUUUGGUGACGUCAAUAUCUCAGCCAUUUUGGAUUCACUCAGUGUAAGCUACGACAAGAGAGUGAGGCCAAAUUAUGGAGGACCGCCCGUGGAUGUGGGAGUCACCAUGUACGUGCUCUCCAUCAGCUCCUUAUCUGAAGUGAAAAUGGAUUUCACCCUGGACUUCUACUUCAGGCAGUUCUGGACUGAUCCCAGGCUGGCCUAUAAGAAGAGGAUUGGCGUGGAAACCCUUUCUGUCGGCUCCGAAUUUAUUAGGAAUAUUUGGGUACCAGACACCUUCUUUGUUAACGAAAAGCAGUCCUAUUUCCACAUCGCUACUACGAGCAACGAAUUCAUUCGUAUUCAUCAUUCAGGAUCCAUUACACGAAGUAUAAGACUGACUAUCACCGCAUCAUGCCCAAUGGACUUGCAAUAUUUCCCAAUGGACCGUCAACUGUGCAACAUUGAGAUCGAAAGCUUCGGCUACACCAUGCGGGACAUCCGAUACAAGUGGAAUGAGGGGCCCAACUCUGUCGGCGUAUCGAGCGAGGUGUCGCUGCCGCAGUUCAAGGUGCUGGGCCACCGACAGCGAGCAAUGGAGAUCUCCCUCACCACAGGAAAUUACUCUCGGCUGGCGUGUGAAAUUCAAUUCGUUCGCUCCAUGGGCUACUACUUGAUUCAGAUUUAUAUUCCAUCUGGACUCAUCGUCAUCAUAUCCUGGGUAUCGUUCUGGCUCAACCGGAAUGCAACACCCGCUCGAGUCUCGCUGGGUGUCACUACCGUGUUGACUAUGACCACGCUAAUGUCUUCGACCAACGCUGCUUUGCCUAAGAUUUCUUACGUGAAGUCCAUUGAUGUCUACUUGGGCACCUGCUUCGUAAUGGUCUUCGCUAGUCUACUAGAAUACGCAACUGUGGGUUAUAUGGCUAAACGGAUACAAAUGAGGAAACAACGAUUCACUGCUGUUCAAAAGAUGGCUGCUGAGAAAAAAAUGCAAAUUGAUGGUCCACCACCUGCUCCGGAACCGCUGCCCCCACCAAGGACCAGCACUCUUACCCGACCUCUGCCGCCAAGCCGAUCUUCGGUAAGAUCCAAUCGUAGUUCACAUCAUCCGCUAUGUUUUCCACACACACAGGAAGUCCGUUUCAAAGUGCACGACCCGAAAGCAUACUCGAAAGGUGGAACUCUUGAGAAUACUAUCAACGGCGCUCGAGCUGCUGCCCCCCCGCCACCGCCACAACCGGAGGAAGAAGCUGUACCGCCCCCACACUUGCUUCAGGCUUCAAAGGGUAUCAACAAACUGCUCGGCACUACUCCAUCGGACAUCGACAAAUACUCACGCAUCGUGUUCCCCGUUUGCUUCGUCUGCUUUAACCUUAUGUAUUGGAUCAUAUACCUUCAUGUAUCGGAUGUUGUUGCCGACGACUUGGUGCUACUUGGCGAGGAAAACUAAACGAAAACAACGUGUCUGAGUAACGGUUCUCUUCUGUUUAAAACGACGACUACGGCACUUACUUAAUUAAUUAGGGUGCUUAUCAUCAACCCUCCAAAUUUGGUAAUGUGCUUUUAAAUAAAAAUUUAAAAAAAGAAUUGUAAUCCCUUAGGACUAAGGUAAUCAUUAUUAAGUAAUAGUACCUAUUUCAUAAUAAUAUAAUUAUAAAUAGUAGUAUUGUAAGUGGCACUGAAAACGAUCUCCUUUUUAAUAAUAAUCUGCAAUUUAUAAUAUUCAAAUGUGAGUCAGUUCAUACUUCUGUCAUCGAUAAAGACUUAAAUAAGACCAAAGGGGUAACUGUUUCAUGUGUUUUGUAUUCCAUCAUCAAUCAUUACAGUACUUUAAUAACUUUCUUUGUGCACGAUGUUUCUUUUAGGGUAGCUUUUCAUAUUAUCAUAAUGCUUGUAACUGACUCGUACCUUAUAUUUUAUUAUGUACGUUUUAUUACUCAUACUAAAGACUUAUUAUUACAUUAUUCGUAAUGUACCUGUGUACAUUUUCAUGUUUAGAAGAAAAAAUUUACUGUAGCUAGUGUACUUACCUGACUUGACACAAUAAGCUGGGGAAUCAAAAGAUCGCCAUUUUACAUUGUAUAUUAAAAUCAUAAUAAUGUGUAAUGUCCUUUAGGGAGGUGUAUUGAUUAUUUCUUGUUGAAUUGUUACAUUCCUCGAAGAGUUUGAUGAUUAUGUACGAGUAUGAUGGGUGGUUUUAUGGGUUUUAAGCUUGUAAAACCACGGAACUGGUCAAUAACAUCUCAAUUAAUAUAAAAAGAAUAUUGUAUUGUUGCUGUCAUCAAGUUCGGUUUAUUCUCUAGACUUAGUAGUCCCUAAAGAUUAGUGCCUCUUCUUCAGUGGUGACAAAAUCACAGUCUGAAUUUUCUUACAGUUCCUCCCGUCUUACUAAUGAGGUUUUUGAAUUUUUGAAAAGAAUGUAAAGAUCUGAUUCAGGGACGAAAUAUGAAGAGGACUCGAGAGUAUAAUGUCAGGGGUAUAAAAGUAAGAUAACUGUAAAUAUUUAUACAUAUACAUUUAUACGAUUAGGAUAACCAUACACAAUUGCUCUAGUUUUUUAAAAAAAUGUUAUUCUGUUCCAUUUAAAAGUAUACACCGGUAAUACACUUCAAUAUUAAAUCUAGUGCACAGAACACCUUUUCUACGUAGUUUAAACUUACCAUUUAACAAAUUUAUGUCUACAAUAUUCAUUGAUAUGAAUUUGCCCGUUAGUUUUUGUUAAGCUCUUUAAAAGAAGUUAUAAAUUUAUAGAAGUUUGAAUUAAAUUCACACACUUUAGCAAAACGAUAUAAUAAUAUAAUCAUCUAAAUCAAUAAAUACAUAGAAUGUCAGUAAUACAAUUAAAAUUAUUUAUUAUAAGUAUGAUAUCGUUAGAUUAUGGGAGGAGGAGGAAUUAGCAAGCGAAGUUUGAGGUGUUGUAGUGUUUAGUACUGGGACUGUUUUAUUACCCGACUUCAUUUUGAGUUUAUGGAAAUAGAUUUCAAGGAUUCUAAAGUUUCAUAAAUGACUCAAUUUACUACAUUUCUAUCUCAUCUGGGUUCUCAGUGUCUUGUAUUUGGAACGCUAUUUUGGUAUUUUAUUGGUAUUAAUAAUUAUAAUAUUGUUAAUAAUCCGUAAAUACCGUCCCGUUUAAUUUAUUAAAUAAUAUUUGUUACAACCACGUCGUAACCAACAUGAUCGUUGUCAAUUAAGUAAGUAAUAAGCAUUCCAUAUCACGCUUUAUGUUUUUAUUGUUAGUCAAAAUUCUAGAAACGAGUUACUGCAUUUUACAGAUCUAAAAUGUCCUUUAUUUAACAAUAAUAAUAAAAUUUACAAAUCAAUUUAGAUUGUAAAAUUCAUGUCACAUAUCAUUAUUUACAAUUGAUUUACAUAUUUUCUGGCAAAGCUCGUUUUUUGGAAUAUUAUUGUUUGUACGUUGAUGAUAUUUUAAAAGACUACUUAUUUUGGCUGUGGUAGUUUAAUAUCGUUUCAACUACAAGCCACCUUUACUUGGGAACAUUUUUUUGUUUCAGUGUUUGCUCAAUGUUUAUAGUAUAUCUAGGGGAAUGCUAAAUUAGACAGUUCUACGGAAUAUUAUUGAAUAAGCUAUAUAAAAAUUAAGGUAUCGUUAAUUUGCCUCCUAUUUUAUAUAUAGAUGAGAAUUUUAUUGUACAUUUGUUAAGACUAGCUAAAUAUACUAGUUUACUUGUACCUUCCGAGGUGGAAUUGUGUAAAGCAAUCGUAAUCAUUUGACAGUUCAUAACGUACGAUAAAGUCAGUUAAACAAAGCGUUUGACAGAAUAAUCGUACGUUAUGAACUGUCAAAUGAUUACGAUUGCUUUACACAAUUCCACCCCUGAUCAAUUCUUUUCUAUUGUAAUCAGAUUCGUUAUAAAUAUUUGAUUGAGUUUCGCUCCUAUCGAUUUCUCAAAGACUGAGUAUUGUUUCAGUUCCUCGAUUGUUGUAAUUUGUUUGUUAUAAGCUCACAGAAUUGUUAGUUACAGGAUGAAGCUACCGAUAAGCAGUAGGCAUAUCCUAUGUUUUUUGCAGUUUAUGGUAAAGUUUAUAAUUGUAUUGAUGGAUGAAAUAUCUAAAUAUAUUUUAUUUGUUAUUUUUAAACAUGUUAAGUUUGUACUAUAGAGAAAUAAAUAUAAUAUUGUUAUCUUACGAUUAGUAGUAACAAGCAGCCAAAAUAAUUAAUUGUACCUAAUCUAAAUAUAAAUUACUAGUCAACUUCAAAUAUAUGAACUAUGAAUAAAUAAAAUUAAAUGUAAAUUUGAAAAUGGAAUACUUGUAUAAGAUGUGAAUUCGCAUUAUAUUGCACCUAGUUGAUAAGGAAGUAGCGUAGCUCGGCGCAAGGGGGCACGGGC